UACUAGUGAUAUUUUUUACGUCGAUCUUACAUCGCGUCGCCAGAAAAAAAAAUCUCAGGGUCAAAUGGACAUGGUCUGGCGACUUUGCGCUAGACUUACGUCGAACCGGCUAGCGGAGAUGGAUGAAGAGGGUGUGUGG